UUGCAGUAUGCAUGCAACAAUUAGAAUUCUUCCAUUAACAAUGAAUUACAUGUAGUUUUGAGUAAGCUCUAGAGGCGGAGGCUUUUGAUUUUCUCUCCCCUUGCAGUUGGUAUAGUUACCUAUCUAUCUGCCAUCCCCACAAGCUAAUAGUACCCUUUUUUUAAUUUUCAUCAUCAAUUCGUUCUUCUUUAUAUAAAUCUUUCAUAAGGGUUCUCUAUUGUUCUUGAAGAUCAUCAAGCUCUUGUUCUGGAUUCUAUAUUAUUUUUUAAAAAAAAGCUCGGGAAGAUGGAUCCGACUGUCGAGUCCAAGCUCGUUUCCGAUACGAAAAGCGGGAAGAAAUUAGGCGACGACGACCGCCCGCGGCAGGGGCCGAACAAGGUUAAAAAGCGGACGUCGUCAUCGUCUUCGUGUGUUUUGGUGUCGUACAAGGAGUUGCCGGAGUACAUGAAGGACAACGAGUUCAUACUGAAUUAUUACAGGGCUAAUUGGUCUCUCAAGGAAGCUCUUUUCAGCGUCUUUGGUUGGCAUAAUGAAACACUUAAUGUGUGGACGCAUUUGCUUGGGUUUCUUCUAUUUUUGGGAUUAACCAUGGCGAACUUAUUGGAACUGCCACAACUAGCGGAUCUCAUUACAUUCUUCACCAGGUCAUUUCUCUCUGAUGGAGACACCGAUGUUUCUCAUAAUUCUAAAGACCUAUUUCUGGGAAUAACAAAUCUCGUCGAUUUUAAUCGAAUAGCGACCGGCAAAUUGGAUAUGACCGUCCCGGUGACGCCUGUUACCCGUUGGCCGUUCUAUGUAUUCUUAUGCGGCUCCUUGUUCUGCCUCCUAUCCAGCAGCGUUUGCCACCUCUUUUCUUGCCAUUCACACAAUCUAAACCUUUCAUUGCUGCGACUCGACUAUGCCGGGAUCACCGCCAUGAUCAUAACAUCAUUUUUCCCUCCUAUCUACUACAUUUUCCAAUGUGAUCCGCGAUGGCAAUUCGUCUAUCUCGGUGGGAUCACCGCUCUAGGCCUGUUCACCAUUGUAACGCUGCUAUCCCCGACUCUGUCCACAGGCAAAUUCCGUUCAUUCCGAGCCCUACUCUUCACUUCCAUGGGGCUCUUCGGCGUUGUCCCCGGACUCCAUGCUGCAAUGGUCAACUGGUCGAAUCCGCGUCGCAACAUCACCCUGGCCUACGAGUUCGCCAUGGCUGUAUCCUAUCUAACAGGGACCAUGUUCUAUGUGACUCGGAUUCCGGAGCGGUUGAAGCCCGGAUGGUUCGACAUAGCGGGGCAUAGUCAUCAAAUCUUUCAUGUUCUAGUGGUGAUGGGUGCAUUGGCUCACUAUGGCGCUUCUCUUGUAUUCUUGGAAUGGCGUGACCGUAAUGGCUGCUAAAAUUGCUCUUCUUUGUCGUCUCACACAAAGCAGGGUUCGUGUUUGCUUCAAUUAAGGCAUUUAACUACGAGGAAUGCUCGUUUGUUUUGCUAUACACAUAUAUAUACGUAUUUGUAACUUUGGUAAGGUUAGAUUGUUGGGAUUUGUACUUGAAGUCA